CGACUUCUGGAGACGAAGGCUGAUGCAGAGGUGCGUCGUCGCGAGGGUAAGCUGGAAAGACAAAAUCGUGCGCGUCACGACCGCGAGGAAGCGCUCGCUCGAACUCAGGACCUGCUACUACUGAUCGGCGCGCUGACCAAGAUGGCCUGA